AUGCCUAUCCGAUACCGAGUCUGUAGAGUUGCGCGAAAACGCCGCUACCUAUUGAUUCGGGGCCUUUGUAGAAGUUGGUCGUCUGAGGGUGAAUCCGAGGUGGACCAGUGGACCAGUGAAGCUGUGGCAAAAGUUGCUGAUGUGACUCUUGGACUGCCAUGCUGUCUGUCUGAGAGUCUGCAAUCCUCCAACUCAUUUGGCUUAGGUCCAGUCUAUCGAUGGACUCUGUUGAUUGUACAAAGACUUGAACAACACGAGGCAUGGUGGGCUGUUUUGUGCGGUUUGUUGGGUGCACCAGUCCAUCCAUCUGUUCGCAACCAUCAUCAAUCACUGUUAGGAAGAGAGAAUAUACAGUCGAACGCUGAUUUAUCCGCUGGCAAAGGUGGUCUUACGGAUUGGCAGCCAAAAACUACAGGUAUUGCUGAUGCUCUUGUCUUCUCCACGCUUGGGCGCAUGCAGUUUGCCUGA